GGCCUUGACUUCCGGCAAGAGCGCGUUGUGGCGCGCGGGCGCCUUUGACGGAGCAAUGGCGGCGCUGGCGCCUGAGGAGGGUGUCUUCUUCGCCGCUGCCGGGGAGAGCCAGGCGCCCGCUGGGGAGGGAGAGCGGGAAGGCCCUGGCGGCGAGGCGGAGGAGCCGCCUAUGGUGUUCUUGUGCGCCGGCUGCAAGCGGCCCGUCGGGGACAGCCUUGGCUGGGAGGCCAACGAUGACGAGAGAGACUGCGUCCUCCUCAACAGUGUCACCCUCAAUGUCUCUGUGGACAAAGAGCAAAAACUUUCGACCCAGGCAGGUGAAUAUGGCUGCAUGAUCCAAACCUUGUUUUGCUCUGGAUGCAAGAUGACACUUGGAAGCAUUUACAGAUGCACCCCAAGACAUCUAGACUAUAAACGAGAUUUAUUUUGCUUGAAUGUUGACUCCCUAGACAGUUACACCUUAGGGUCAUCAGAACAGAAAGCUGAAAUUGAUGAGGAACCUCUCACCCUUGAAAGCCGAGCUAGUUUAGAAGAAUCACUAGGAAGGGCAGAAACAAUAUUGAAAGCAUUGGAGCAACGGUUGUCUGUAGUUGAAUCAAGUUUUUCAUCUCUUCAUAACAUUGGCUGAAAAAGACCGUGAACCUUACUAAUGUUAAUAUUGUUACAUAACUUUGGUAUUAAUGCCACUUAUCCCUUGAAGUUUGUUGAAUCACUGAAAGAAUUAGCCACACAGAAUAUGGCUCUGUCUCCGGCAGGCUGCAAAUAUGGGUUUCCCAGUACGGAAAAUACUUCUGGGGAACUGAAAAGAUUCUGCAGAGAUCCUAAUCAUAAAAAAACCCUUAGUGUUAAAAAAAUCUCAUUUUUCUGAAUCACAGAGAUCUUUUUCAGUGUUCAUGUUGGCUCUCUGCUUUUGAUUCUGUAUAUAGUUCUUGACAUCCGUUUGUUAGUUUAGGGAAGAAUGUGUCUACCCUCCAAGGACGCUGGUAUCCCUAAGGCACGCAUGGGCAAACUUUGGCCCUCCAGGUGUUUUGGACUUCAACUCCCACAAUUCCUAACAGCCGGUAAGCUGUUGGGAAUUGUGGGACUUGAAUCCAAAACACCUGGAGGGCUGAAGUUUGCCCGUGCCUACCCUAAGAAGUCUGGUGCCUGGGAGAUCGACGGUGUGGUACUUAAACCUUCUGUGUAUGAUGACCGCUCUUUAGUCUUCUGCUAGUUGAACAUUUAGCUAUAAUAUAGAGGGUGUCACCUGAGCCUUCAUCUGUGAAGUUUUAUUUACACAAGCAGAAAUUGUUCAAAUGAUUUGUUACCUCCUUUGCUCUAGAAUGCAAGAAUAAUGUUUAAAUUUCCAGAGGAACCUGGGCGUGUCAGAAACGCUGCAUUUCAUCUUUUUCAAGUAAUAGCUUGAGCUAAAUCCAGUUCUUGUCCUAAUUGCAGCUGUGUCAUCAAAAUGAGACUUAUUAAGCAAUACUGAUAGAUUUCUAUGGGUUGUCUCCGAUCAAGGGAUGAAAUUGGAUUUAGCCAUUUAUCUUUGUAAAUAAUAUGACGGAAAUACUUUAGAACUUGAGCUCAGUAUAGAACUUGAGCUCAUAUUUCAUGAUAUAAAAGGAUUUUUUUCUACUGUUAUUUUGAAAUCAAGAGACUUGAAUAAAUGGAAAUACACAGCAAGGUAUAUGUUUCAAUAAAAACAGGGAUGUAUAAUUGAGCAAAGAUAUAAAACUAAAUAGACUUUUUUAUUGCAAGCCUUGGUGCUUAUUGAUAGACAUCUCAUCCUCCAGAAUUUGAAGUUUCGUGAGGUUUGCUAAAGCUGAAUAGCUUUCAUGUUGCAAAUAACCUGGGUGGCAUUAGUCAUUAGAUUUCUUAUUAUGUUAAAGAACAUUCUGUUCAUUUAAUUCAGAUGCAUCAUAGGAUUUCAUCUUUUAUUUUCUUUUUUAAAGCCAACUCCCAUUCAUCAAGAGAAGCCUUGCAAAAUAGAUUGUUGUAUUAAUAAGUGUCAUGAAGCAGGAAGCCCAAGCAGACAUUUUACCUUUUCUUUCACAAAACAAAAGGUGCUGUGGCAACUUCAAGACAACUUAACACAUUUAUUAUAGCAUUUGUAACAGUUUGUUCUCACGUUGUUUUGCUAAGAUGCGCCUUGGUAGUGCGAAUAAAAAUUGGAAAUGA